AAUCCUGAUUGAGAAGGUGGGAACACGAACCAAUAGUGAUUGAGGAGGCGGGGCUUUUGCUUCCCUGGCGUUCUCUGGUUGUGCAUUGUGGAUUCAGUGCUCGGGGUGCAGUCAUGGCGGACAGCGCCAGCGAAAGCGACACAGAUGGAGCGGGGAGCAGCAGCUCGGCCACGCAGCUUUCCUUUUCAGCAUCCACCACCAACACGGCCGCAGCCGCCGCACCGGGCACAGCCCGGGACGGCAAGCAGGGCGUUUUUAUCUCGGCGUUCCGCCUGGAGGAGCUGACGAACCGACUGGCGUCCCUGCAGCAGGAGAACAAAGUGCUGAAGAUCGAGCUGGAGACUCUGAGGCUUAAGUGCAAGUGUCUGCAGGAGGAGAACCGCGACCUCCGCAGGGCCAGUGUUACUAUUCAAGCCAGGGCAGAGCAAGAGGAGGAGUUCAUCUCCAACACCUUGUUCAAGAAGAUCCAGGCUCUACAAAAAGAGAAGGAGACGCUCGCCGUGAACUACGAGAAGGAGGAGGAGUUCCUUACUAACGAUUUGUCCCGCAAACUCAUGCAGCUCCAGCACGAGAAGGCCGAGUUAGAGCAGCACUUGGAGCAGGAGCAGGAGUUUCAAGUGAACAAGCUGAUGAAGAAGAUCAAGAAGCUGGAGAAUGACACCAUCACCAAGCAGCUCACCUUAGAGCAGCUGCGGCGUGAGAAGAUCGACCUGGAGAACACGCUGGAGCAGGAGCAGGAGGCGCUGGUCAACCGGCUUUGGAAGCGCAUGGACAAGCUGGAAGCUGAGAAAAGGAUUCUGCAGGAGAAGCUGGACCAGCCGGUGUCUGCCCCGCCAUCCCCACGGGACAUUUCCAUGGAGAUCGACUCGCCCGAGAACAUGAUGCGGCACAUCCGCUUCCUGAAGAGUGAGGUGGAGAGGCUGAAGCGCAGCCUGCGCACGACUGAGCUCCAGCACACUGAGAAACGAGCACAGUACAUCGAGGAGGAGCGCCAGAUGCGGGAGGAGAACAUGCGCCUGCAGAGGAAGCUGCAGCGCGAGAUGGAGAGGAGAGAAGCUCUGUGCCGGCAGCUGAGUGAGAGCGAGAGCAGUUUGGAGAUGGACGAUGAGAGGUAUUUCAAUGAGAUGUCUGCUCAAGGCUUGAGAGCUCGUACCGUGUCCAGUCCGACCCCCUACACCCCCUCCCCCUCCUCCAGCCGCCCCAUCUCACCAGGUUUGUCAUACGCCAGUCACACGGUGGGUUUCACACCUCCGGCCACACUGAGCCGACCCCCACAUGCACACUACACACCCCCAGGACUGCACAUCCAUCCAGGACCCUCUCAUGGAGUGCAGAGGCCGUCUCCUCGGAGAAGCAGCAGUCCUGAUAAGUUUAAGCGCCCGACGCCUCCUCCUUCCCCGAACACACACUCCGGGUUGCAGCAGCCUCCUCCUCCACCCCCACCAGGGCAGACAGCGACUCCGUCCGGCUCCUCGCACCAUCCCGCUCAGCCUUAACGCACGGACGACAAGGUGCAAGGCUACAACCCACAGCGACUCAACAAUCUGCAAAGAGAACCAGUUGGACUGGGAAGUUUUAGCUAGACAGGUUUUUGCGUCGGGAACGGACAGAACGAUGACCACGUCUCCAAUCGUGUCAUUUUUGUUUUUUUGAUUUGGAAUGAUUGAGCGAAUUUUUUUAGGUUGCUUCUGGCACUGAUUCUUGUUUUUCUCCGCUUGCUUAAACAAACAGUGAGUUAAAUUCAAGAAAUAAAUUCAGCUAUUCAAAGAACAUGAAUAUUUCACCUGGAACAAAAUGUUGUAAUAUGGUAAUAUGUUGAUUUUGAUACCACAGCGACUAAAAGAAAUUGGGAAAAGUGUGAUAGUGGUGUUUAGGAACGAGGAACUGGUUAGAUAGCACAGCUGAUGAUGCAGGUGAAGCCUAGUGCUAGGUUUUUUUUUUUUUUUUUAAGUGGUGUUUGUGUUUUGUGUGUGUACAAAGUUGUGUGCAGAAAGUAAAGACAGGGAAGACAUGAGACUUUAAACAGCACUUGUUGCCUAUUUGCAUGUGUACAUAACGAGUGCAGUGUGUGUAAUGUGUAGUGUGUGUGUGCGUGUGUGCGCCUGCUGGUUUGUUUGGAUUAGGCUGAUCUGAGGCCAGGUUUGCACCCUGAAUGACAUACUUUCUGCAGCUACUUUAUCACUUAGCAAUGCAUUUUUUUUAAGGCUUAACUAGCAUUGGUUACAUCUGGAUUUAAAAACUAAACACUCCAGCAUUUUACACAAAAUGUUCUGAUCUGUAAUUUACACAACAAUUGUUUUUUCUUAUUUUUUCUUUUUUUAAGUAAAGAAGUGCUUUUUUCUGUACAUCAGUUGGGUUUCUCUCUACAGAGGUGGAAAAUAUUCUAAAUUAUGUCUUGGUUAAACUCAAACAUUUUAAAUCCUCAAAAACUGCUGCAUCCUAAGUUACUCUGGGUUUGCCAGAAUCCUGGCAAUGCAGCAGCUGUGUGUAACUGGGAGCCAAUUGGGCAAAUUUUCUCAUUAAUCUCCUUCCUGUCAAUCCCAGCAGAGGUAAACAUUUGUGUCUUUUUGCCAGAUUGUUUUAAGCUGCCUUUAGAUUCAGCAUGGACAGCAACUCAGAAAAAUGCCGCUUCCUUUAUUCACCUGGCUUACGUAGGCAGGUGUGUGUGUGUGUGUGUGUGUGUGUGUGUGUGUGUGUGUGUGUGUGUGUGUGUGUGUGUGUGUGUGUGUAGGGGGUUGUCUUGCUCUGGUUGUCUACCUGGCAACUAUGGGGAAAAGAAAAAAAAAAGAAAUCUGUUUGUUUCCAGAUGCUGGCACAGAACUCACUAUUAUAUGUAAUUAUAGCUCGUGAUCUGAAUUUAGAAGGGUACUUCCAUUUUGAAUCUGUUGAUUGUGUCUGCUACUAGAUUUAUUUUUUCUGAUGAUGACCAUCUGUAGUCCCUCCCCCCUCCAGAGAUCUGUUCUUAGUUCAGUAUCUCUCUAUAUUUGACCUUUUAAGAUAACCGUUAAUACUGGUCUCAGAUCAGCGAGCAGAAAUCAGCAGAGCAGAGUGCCAACUGCCUUGACCAGAAAUGUCACUGUCACAAGUAAAUGUACCAUCAGAAACAGGUGAGAGAUGAGGUACUGUUGAACAAAUGACACAAUUAACACAAUUAAACGCUUGUACAAAA